GUGGGAUGCCAACCGGGAGCCGGGAGCCGGGACUCAAGUCUCGCUUCCAGCAGGCAGUGUCACUGUGGGCAGAGUUGUCUGCUGAGUUUCAGUUUCCUCUCCAGUUGUGGGGCAUCAGCUUGGGCCCUGUGAUCUUCCCAGGCCAGUGUGUGAAUUGAAGGCAGCGGGGGUGGCAUGGACUUAGAGAUAACUAGGGGGAAGGGCAGGAUGUGCAGACCCUUGACCGUGGGAGCAGUGCUGAGGCUGACUCUACAGAAUUCAUGAGAAGAUACUAGCUGACUGCAAGGAGAAGGGUUUCAACAGGUGUUGGUAGAGGGGGAGAACGUUAGGGCAAGUGUGCGAGCAAAUGUAGGCUGCAGGGCUGGGCCUGUCACUGCCCGCAGACCACAUCCCUCUCCCUGCUUUUCUGCUUUUCGUGGCCCAGCUCUCCCUCCGGACUGUGAACUCCUCCCGCUCUGCCUAUGCCUGCUUCGUCUUUGCCCCACUCUUCUUCCAGCAGUACCAGGCCACCACCCCUGGUCAGGACCCGCUGCGCUGUAAGAUCCUGAUGAAGUCCUUCCUGUCCGUCUUCCGCUCGCUGGCAAUGCUGGAGAAGACUGUGGAAAAAUGCUGCAUUUCCUUGAAUGGCAGGAGCAGCCGCCUGGUGGUCCAGCUGCACUGCAAGUAUGGGUCCUGGGGGAGGCUGUUCUGCCCUUCCCUCCUGCACUGGCUGAAGUGACACUGGGCAUUGGGUGUGGCCGCAGGGUCAUCCUGCGCAGCUACCAGGAGGAGGAGGAGGCGGCAGACAGCACCGUCAAAGCGAUGAUGACUGAGAUGAGCAUUGGGGAGGAGGAUUUCCAGCAGUUGCAGGCCCAAGAAGGAGUGGCUGUCACUUUCUGCCUCAAGGAAUUCCGGGUGAGGUUCCCCGCCAUGCACUCACUGCCCUGUCCUCCCUCCCCAGCCCAGGGCCUCACCACCCUGCCUCUUCCCUCCCAGGGGCUCCUGAGCUUUGCAGAGUCAGCAAACUUGAAUCUUAGCAUUCAUUUUGAUGCUCCAGGCCGACCAGCCAUCUUCACUAUCAAGGACUCUCUGCUGGAUGGCCACUUUGUCUUAGCCACACUUUCAGAGACUGACCCACACUCCAAGGCCCUAGGCUCCCAGGAGCUCCAUCGGCCAGUGCCUCCACUUCAGGAUUACAGCACACCCCACCCGGACGACUUUGCCAAUGAUGACAUUGACUCUUACAUGAUCGCCAUGGAAACCACCAUAAGCAGCGAGGGCUCACGGGCGCUGCCCUCCGUUUCCCUUUCACCUGGCUGCCAGCACUCCCAUAGCCCUGACCCCCACUCAGAGGAGGAAGACGAAGCUGAGCCCAGUACAGUGCCUGGGACUCCCCCACCCAAGAAGGUAGGGGCUGGAGGUGGACGCAGGGGAUGGGAGUCAAGGAAAGGAGCAGCCUCCGGAACUCUGUGUUCUCUUUCCAGUUCCGCUCGCUGUUCUUUGGCUCCAUCCUGGCCCCUGUACACUCCCCCCAGGGCCCCAGCCCUGUGCUGGCUGAAGACAGUGAGGGUGAAGGCUGAACUGAGAACCUGAAGUCUGUGUCCAGAGGCCUUGGGCUAGACGUAGCCCCAGCCCUGGAGGGUCGUAAAGGUGGACAUGCUGGAGCCGAGCUGGCGGUUCUGCUCCCUCCAGCAGGCCCUACCUGGCUGGCCACCAUGUGCCGUGGAGCUGCCCGGCUCACCCUGACUGGCCUGGGUCCUAUUGUCACCCUCAACCCCCAACCAAUCAUGUCUGUUCCCAGACCUGGCCUUGAGCUGCUACCUGACAGGAGGUCCCUCACCUCUUAUUUACCACUGAGCCUUAGGCCAGACUCCAACCACCAGGCCAGGGCUGGAAAUCUGUCUUCCUCACACUCACCUUUAUAAGAAAAGAACCUGCUCCUGCUGAUGCGCUUCUGCCAA